AUGAUCUCAGCCACACGUCGCUGGCUUCGGCGGAACCGCAGUGGGAUUGCCAUUGGUGCCGGCGUUGUUGGCGCUACAUACCUCGCGGGACAGUAUGUCUUAGGCAAGAUCAAUGAGGCGCGAGAGCGCAUGCAGAUGGACAGGAUAGCGAAGGAAAACAUUCGACGACGAUUCGAACAGAACCAGACCGACUGUACCAUCACAGUCCUCGCCCUUUUACCCACGCUGACCGAAAAUGUCAUGGAAGAGCUGCCUGUCGAGCAGUUGACACACGAACUGCAGCAGAAGAAGGCUGAACGUCUGGCACGUGCUUCAGGUGAAGGCAAGUCCGAAGCCUCCAGCAUGCAAGAUGGGGAUUCUGUGAGCAUGUCCAGCUUUCAGACUGGAAGUUUUGUGCAUGCCAUUCAAUACCCCAUAGAGGGAAGUCAAGGUGGAGCACGAAGAACAAAAGCACAGCUUUGGAAUGAGUUGAAGGUCACAUCCAUCACACGAGCGUUCACGUUGAUUUAUUGUUUGUCGCUUCUCACGGUCUUGACCCGGAUUCAACUCAACCUACUGGGUCGGCUGAACUAUCUAUCCUCUGUGAUUUCGCUGGCGCGACCUCCUCCGCCGGGACGCGCCAAUUCGAUUUCGCUGGAAGACCACGACGAUGGAAGCGUGAAUACCAGUUUCGGCAACGAUUUCGAGACCAACAGAAGAUAUCUCACCUUUUCAUGGUAUCUUCUGCACAAAGGCUAUGCACAGAUCAUGGCCAAAGUAAGAGCGGCGGUUGAAGAAGUGUUUGGAAGCAUCUCGCCAAAUGAGGGAAUCACGGCCACUAGGCUUAGCGACUUGGUGCUCGCGGUGCGGAGGCGCGUCGAAGGCGGCUCUGAGCAGGAAAGAUAUGCCACGAGAUGGCUCCAAUACAUGCUGCCUCCGAGGGACGAAGAAGAGGCCGUCUUGAUCGAAUCAGGCGUCAUCACCCCAACCUUAUCGUCCCCACCUGACCCGACGUCUGACGGAGAGAAUCCAUCGACACAGAGCACAUCUGCUCGGAUUGACACCUCGACAGGGCCUUUGCGGCGCCUCCUGGAUGAGACGGCGGACCUGAUCGACUCACCGACAUUCACCAGAAUCCACUCUCUUCUCUUGGGGUCGAUGUUCUCUCAUCUCAUCGACUCCAAGGUCAUUCAACAGCUGUUCCCGCAGCCAGUACCCAUGCGCUCUCAUUCGCCCUCCUCUUCGAUCUCCAGCGCGCCUCAUCCGCGCAUUGUAGAGCUCGAUUCGGCCGUCACAGUGGUCCCCGGUGAACCGCGCGUCAAGCUGGCCAACAUUCUGGCCGUCAUCACCCGUCAGGCACACGCCAUCGGAAACGGGAACAGCCCUCCGAACGAGUACCUGUCUACCGCGGAAGCUGAGGUCAAAGAGCUGGAGGCGUUUGCGGCCGUCAUCUACACCAGCAACGUGGAGCAGAGCGUUGAGGAGAGUCGACACAGUCCUGCGGCGGACAGUGGGCUGAAAGGUGCAGAGGGAGUCGCGGUCAGCGAUGUAGGGACGGAGCCGGCGGAGGAGAUGGUCGAGAGUAAGCUCGAGAGUGCGUGGACUAAGGUCACAGGAUCGUCGAUUGCUUCGAGAUGA